AAUGUGUAAUGAAAUUUUUAAAUUUUACUAGAAUGUUUACGGUUUUAUUAUAUUCUGCUUGCAUUAUAGUGUAAUGGUCUAAUCAUAUUUUAAUCAUCUCUCUAAGCAUAAGCACAAAUUCAUUCUACCAUCAACACUACUUGUAUAAUGUUUUAGUAUAUUCCACUUGCACUGUAAAGUUUAAUGUGUUUAUUAUAUUGAUGUUCAUACACUUGUACUGACAUUGUUUAAAUUUAUAAGUUCGUAGUUCGCACAUAUUCAGUCAUGGCACCAGGUGGGAGAUCAGGUCGUUCGCGCACUGGAUCUACCCCUUCCACCCGUGAUGCGACGGAGACAGCAUCGACGUCACAUGCUGCAUCACAGGCGUCUGAUCCCUCGGUUGCGCAUACACCGGGCACUGCAUCAUCGUCGACCAGCCGACGAGGACGUGGACCCACGCGUGGGUUAGUUUUAGAGCGACUUACGCGUGAGGGUAGGGUGACGGUAGAGUUCCCACAGGACUGCCUUAGACCUGUUGGGGACAAUGUCAGGUUGUUUACGUCGGAGGUCAGUGUCCUAUGCCGAUCUCUGAUCCCCGCCACCACCCCCCGUUGGGCAGACGUGACAGAUGAUGUGCGACAGCUCAUCUGUCAGUGCCUUCAGGAUAAAUUUAUCUUAGAUUUGAGUGUUCUGUACAUUUCCCAUGCCGUCGAUAACAUGAUUAGGGAACAGUUCAAGGAGUAUCACGGAGAGUUACACCAGCGGUACAAACUGUGCAGGACCUACGAUGAGGCCGUACUGUCUACACCGCCACACAUGACUUUAGACGACCGGAGGAUACUCUACGAGAGAUUUUAG